AUGAGCCACGCAAGUCUGCGCCAACCUGUGUCCAACGUCAGCCUUCGGUAUUCUCAGGGACACGAUUCGGACUUGUACCUGUCCGAUUCGCCAUGUAACUCUUCUCGGCGCCCUGCGAGCUCGAUUAGAUCUGGAUCCGAGUACAUGGGUCCUUCUGAAGAGGAGCAAAAGACUACGACUGAACGAAAUACGAUGUUGAACAGAUCGUUGUGUAGAACUCAGUCUGCUAACGGGAGGCGGAAGGCGAUCCGAAAACGUCUUAACAUUGCUUACAGGCGUGAACCGCUGAUUCCAACCACUGAAUUCUACUGUCUUAACAACGAUCGCGACAGCUUCGGAGCCAAUGAAUCUUUAUCGGAGAGCAGCAAAGAGACCUUUCGAUCACUUGUCGACCCAACCCACGUCCUGCGGGUCGGCUACAGCCUUGGAUGGGGAAUCAGCCGAAUUACCCAGCCGGUUUUACAUUCGUUACCCGACUCAGCUGUGAUUUGGGCAAUUCGUAUUGAAUCUGAACCCAUUUCGGCCUUCUUCAAGCAGUUGGUCGAUCCUGACAUUUCUGAUGGUUCCAUUAUCGAAAUGGAGAAACCAUUUCGAACCCUCAUUCGAAACUUUGCCGCUAUCAGCAAGCAUCUUGAUGGACUUGAGAGGAUUGCCAGCGUCCAAUCAAAGGACGAGAGUUCAUUCUCCAGACACAGCACUCUGGAAGAGUUAGAUCAUUUUCGAUUGCUAGCCGGGUUCAUCAACUGCCACCUCAAACGAUCUCUACUCCUUUACUGUCAAGUGCAACGGGAAACAAUCCGCCAGAUCGCCUUUCCGGAUCUGUGGAUGCUGUACGAUUUCGAUACAGCAAUUUACCACUCAGAACCCGAACUUGGAUCUCUACGAAGCCAGAGCAAGACUAUCGGCGAUGUUUACGGCGAACAUGGUACCGGCUCGAGUUACAAACAGGCAUACCGCGUUAUGGCUACCGUUGGUGGUAUCCCCCUACAGACCGGACUUCAGCGCACGAUCGGUGGGCAGGACCCAGCACAACAUGAGUCCAAGAGCCUGGAAUCCGUGAAAGGCACGUACAGUGCCCUCCGAGUCGUCUAUUAUAGGAUCGACUACGACUCCAACAAGUGGGCCCCAAUCCAUGAGGUCUUCGAGUUGGAUCCGUUCGAAGGAACCGUCGACAUUGCUUCACUCGGGCUCUUUCCGAUCCACAAAGCCGACCAGGUUUCGAACAAGGUCCGAGAGAGGAGUGAGAAAUUUGUCAGAAUGACGGAGAUUUCCCACUGGACACACGACGGUCUCACUUUGGGUAGCAGCGGCAACAGGCAACAUGUUGGUAAUCUCCUGUCCCAAAAGAAAUCCCUGCCAUCUUACAUCUACUUCCAGGUCAUCAGCCCCGUCAUAGUCGACCUCAGCCUAGCUGCCCAAGGUGGCUAUUUGAAGUUGCCUAGACUGGGUCACAAAUCGAACGAAGUGACGGCCUCCUGGAUCACCCCCGAAGAGGAUUAG